GCUGCUGCUGUUUUGCUGCCGUGGAGAACUGUUGUUCGUCGGCAACACAUCAAGCGCUGUGACUUGUUUAACGCACCAACUCCGUCUCUGACUGGACAGCAGCAAGCAAGAUCUGCUGCUGUGUGCCUUUUGCCGAGUGUUGACCCUCUACCGCCCUUCUUCCUCGUUCCGCUCCUGUCUGCCUGUGUCGACGGCGGCAUCCAGGCGACACCACAUGUUCCGCCUGCUCGGCACCGGCGCGCGAGGCAGCACUGCUUCAGGGCAACAGGGCAGAACCGUGCUCAACCCGUAGAAGAUCAAUUUCCGAUGCAUAUUUUGUUCAUGUCGCCACAAACCGCAGGAUAAAUUACUUGAGAUGGUGCUCGGAUCGAGCUUUUGGGUUGCGCGUGUUUCAAACAGACACAACACGAGAUGGCCACCAAACUAUACAGACUGUCUCGUUUGAGCCUGUUACAAGUCCACAGGCUAGAUGAUGCACCGACUGUACAACAGCAGUGUGCUGCUGGAGGAACGAUAAGGAAUACAGGUGGGUUGAAAAGGCGGGAAGGGAUAUCGUUAGGAUAGACUAGGGAAAGACACUUUUGAGCCAUCUUUGGCAAAGAAGAAAGGAACGAUUGGCCAUCGGUGAUCGGUCCUGUGAGAACAAUGCUCCGUCCUCUCGAGGACGCGUGGUCAAUGGUCUAACCGCUAAGGCAUGCAAAACAUAAGAGUACCCCCCCCCCCAUCCCACACAUCCUGGACAAAAGACCACGUUGCGAAGUCUAAUGCCGUCGAUAAUAGCGCUGUCCAUCGGUGGAUAUCUCACACAACAGAGUUGUUGUUGUUGUUGUUGUUGUUGUUGUUGUUGUUGUUGUUGUUGUUGUUUUUCUUCACAUUAAACUCGUGUCAGUUGCUAAUCCCAAAAUCUAGCAAAGACUCGGUCCGUGCUCACAAAAAUGCUAGAGCCAUCAGAAGAUAUAAAGAACACAAACACUAUUAGCAAGAAAAGGGUACGCAGGCCCAAGGAGGUACACCUGCAAUCCCUGCAGCACGUUUGCAUGCUCACAACUGUACUACACGCCCAC